AGCGGGAUGAAUAAAUAAUGCGAUAUGGGAGGCUAAGAAAUCUCGGAAUGAAGACUUUGGAGACAUUAACCUUCGACAAUGCUGCCUUGAGAGACCUACCUGUAGAUACUAUCACAGAAAAUACACCAAGGCAGGUUAAAAAUGCGUGUUUUAGUAAAGUGCAACCUACCCCUCUGUCUGGCCCCUCUACUGUAGUCUACUCCUCCAGUGCUAUGAGUUUACUCGAUCUCCCUGAGUCCGAGCUGCAACGUCAGGAAUUCCCUGGUUACCUGUGCGGGAGUAAGAGUAUCCCCGGAGCGGAUUACGCCUCACAUUGUUACUGCGGUCACCAGUUUGGUUACUUUAGCGGACAACUCGGGGACGGUGCUACUAUGUACGUGGGAGAAGUCAUUAACAACGACUCUCAAAGAUGGGAGAUUCAGUUUAAAGGAGCAGGUAAGACGCCCUUCUCCCGUACUGCUGACGGGAGAAAAGUCUUGCGGAGUAGUCUUAGAGAGUUUCUCUGUUCUGAAGCCAUGUUUCACCUGGGUGUUCCCACCACACGUGCAGGUAGUUGUGUUGUUUCAACGGACACUGUGGUCAGAGAUAUCUUGUAUGAUGGACACCCAAUCAAUGAGAAGUGUACCGUUAUUUUGAGAAUAGCACCAACCUUCAUUCGCUUCGGAUCGUUCGAGAUAUUUAAAACCAUCGACCGAGCAACAAGUCGAGUUGGACCAAGUGUAGGAAAAACAGAUAUAUUAAAACAACUGUUGAGCUACACUAAAAACAGAUUUUAUCCUGACAUCGCUGGAGAUAUUGAGGAUGAGGAGACUGUGGUGGCAAUGUAUCGUGAGAUAAUGGAGCGGACUGCACUGCUUGUAGCUCACUGGCAGACUGUAGGGUUUUGUCACGGAGUCCUGAACACCGAUAAUAUGAGUAUCCUGGGACUCACUAUCGACUACGGGCCCUACGGAUUUAUGGAAACGUUUGAUCCCGGGUUUAUCUGCAAUGGGAGUGAUAAAGGCGGCAGAUAUUCAUAUGAAGCUCAACCUGCGAUGUGCAAAUGGAAUGUCAAGAAGCUCGGAGAAAUGUUUGCUCUCGUGGUCUCUCAACAGAAACUCGAUGAAGUCCUGCUAUCUUGGGAGCAGGUAUACGACAGGGAGUAUAACAGUCUGAUGAGAAAGAAACUUGGUCUCCUUAACGAAAACUUGGGUGACGCUGACCUGUUUUCUAAACUUUUUGAAACUAUGAGAGAGACUCACUCCGAUUUCACCACUACUUUUCUUCUCUUACAGAGUGCUGACUUCUUGGAAAAUGCUAACCUGGAUGGAUUGGUCGACCAAAUGUUGAGGAACUGUUUGUCAGUUGAAGAAGUAAAGAAAACGUUAAAACCCACUUUCUCAAAAUCGGACUGUGCGGCGUUGCUUAAGGUUGUUCAUCAAUUCAGUGGAGGGAAUGCAGGAGGUUUCAACCCCCUCGCGAUGUAUGGGAUAGAAGUAGAUUCAGUGUUGCGGGAUCACCAAAUACAUCAGGACUUAGAUCAAUACAACAAAAUGACUGCUGAAGAUCGCAACAAACAAUGUCGUGAUAAAUGGUUGGAAUGGCUGGCUCUCUACAAGGACCGUGUAGACGAGGACUGUCAGAUAAGCAACCUUCCAAAUUACAAAGAAGCUAGGAUCGAUGUGCAAAAGAAAAGCAACCCCGUUGUUGUGCCCAGAAAUCACAUCUUACAACGAGCUAUUGAUCGUGCUGAACUUGGGGAUAAUUCUCUCGCUAGAAGACUGCUAGAAGUGUUCGAGCGGCCGUAUGAGACUCCGCCAGAGCAGUGGUUAGCUGAACGUGAUGUGGGAGACAAAGGAGCAUGUACAGUUACAUGAUCUUCGUAGACCCGGGACUGCGCCCUAAAGACUGCGCGUGACCCGCGGUUUAUUGGGCUUGUAGUCCCGGAUGCUCUGCUCUUGGAACACAUCAAUUCUUUACUGUUGUUUUAUGACGACAUAAUUUUAAACCUAUUUAAUGGGAAAUUGUGUCUGAUAAUGAUAUACGAGUGUUUUCCUCGACAGAGCGCAGAGAUAAUUUAUCAAGAGUGAAACAAAUUAAUUUUGGAUUGAGAACUUUGCAUUUUCGUUGAAUGUUUAUCAUUUAUGGUUUGGUUUUUGUUUUAAUUUUUAGAUUUCCAGAAUAAU